AAGCUGAAAAUUUCGAAACUGUUCAUCGCCGUAAGUAAUCGUAGCUUCUUUUUAAAAGAUUUUCCGCAAUUAAUCUUUUGACAUGGAUAUAAGCACGCAAUCGGAUUUUACUGAAAAUACAGCUGAACUGGAGAAACCAACUACAAAACGAUUUCUAUCGAAUGGGAUCCAAAGCAGCUACGACAUACCGGUAUACGGUCUCGAUAAUGGUGACUUUUAUUCGAUUCAUAUUCCUGCCAUAACUUGCAUCUCUCUCAGUUUUAUAUCAGUUUUAGCCGUCAUUGUUGCAUCUUUCAAAACAAAAAGCAUCAAGACAUUUUUUUCAUGGACAAAAAGCGAACGAUUAGUCGUGUAUCUGGCUUUGUGUGAUGGACUUCUCAAUAUCUCGCAUGCUUUGGAUCAUACUCAAAUGAUUGUGACCAAAAACCAUGUUUACCCAAAAGAAUUGUGUACUUUUUAUGCUUUUAUGUUGAUUGAGUUUGUAACUGCCCAAAACCUCAUGGUUAGCGCUGUUGCAUUUAAUGUCUUCGUUUUAAUUUAUUUUUCGAAGGAUCUGGAUUUUGGUAAGUAUGAUUGGCACCUUCUUCUGUACACUUUUGGAAUUCCUUGCGUUGGAGGAACUUUAGCCGCAAUCUUUGACAAGCUGGGACCUAAUGGUUAUUCGUGCUAUCUAGACAAAGUUAAAGGAGGGGUAACCAUUUUCUUCUAUACCACCGCCCCGUUAUUAGCUGUCCUGAUAACAAACAUCAUCCUCUACGGCCUGACGUGGAAGCGGAUCAGAAGCGAGUCACGGCGCCUACAAAACACGCUGGGACAGGAGGUCGCUACCACUCGUUCUGCAAUUAAAGCGGGAAAAACUAUGUUGCUUUUUGUCACUGCCUUCUUCAUUCAAUGGUGGCCCCUGUCUCUCUACGGAAUAUGGCAAUUGAUUGCUCCAGUUCCUUUGGCUGUGUUCCAGUUUGUGAUCACGUUUUCAAACGUUGGAGGGGUUUUGAAUGGAAUCGUUUAUAUUAUUAUCAGGAGACGAAGGACUAAAAUGAAGCAAAAGAAAACAAUGAAGAAAAAAGAAUUUCAAAGCAUUGCAACUAUUUGUGACGGAGUAAAGGAUUCAAGUACUUAAACCUGUGUGGAUGUAAUUAAAAUA